AUGCUCCUCGACUUGCUGACUUUUGGACUCUGGUCAAAGCUUGGACGGUUGACCCAUUAUGCCUUUGAUGCCGUUCUUCUUUCCGCCUUCCUUGCGGGAAUGAAGCGGUCAACUGGUCUGACUUUCAAGACCGAGCGCCUAGCUGGAGAGAACAAGGAUUUGGAAAAGUGGGUGAACAAGUAUCUCAGCGUGGGCGAAUGGGUGAUGGAUCAAUCUGUUGCCCUUGCCGGUUCGAGCGGGUGGUUCGAGCGCAGGCGGUAA